GCAAACGGCAUAAAGCCUACAGCCUAAGCUAGGGUUUUCGAUUUGUGGAUCGGGACUCCAGAGGCCGCCGCAUCCUCUCUCAAUCCACGCCAAUCCCUAGCCACAUCUCCGGCCACCUUCCGCCAUGUCUUCACCGAGGAGGUUUUCCUGGGUCGUGCUGAGGAAGCACGUCCCGGUCUUCGACGCCGAGGAGAAGGAGCAGGAGGACAAGAUCAUGGCCAAGGCGAGCAAAGAUUGGGGGAACAUCGAGAAUGGGUCCUGGAUACUGGACCAGUUCUCGCUCGACGCGCACCUCGUCGAGCCGCCGGAGCUCUCCACCUUGUCCGUGCGCGCCAAGAUCGAGACGCAGGAGCGCGGCUUCGGGUGCGUCCUCGACUCCGUCGUGGAGAACUACCUCGUCAUGACUCUGGUGUUCGGCGACAGGUGGUACGGGCUCGUCUACGACGCCGCCAAGAACUCGCUCUCGCUGCUCCCCGCCACCAUGGAUUCCUUCGAGGGCUACGACUUCGCGUCGAGAGUUGAUUCUGUGCCCUUCUUCUUCCUGAGGCCACCUGCUGUCCUGCCACGCGACGACGGUUCCUACGAUCUGUUCAAUCUGGGGUUCCGUUUCGCUACACGCGACAGAGUGUUGCAGGGGUCGUCGGGCAUCAUCUUCCGGUGGUGGAGCCAUGCCGCUGGCAAGAAGUGGACGAAGCAGGAGGCGCGCUUCAGCCCGCAUACCCAGGUGCCGCGCCAGCCGGCUUACAAAGUAGACGCGGCCUUCACUUUCAAAGGGAAGGUUUUCUGGGCCGAUCUCAUGCUUGGCGCCAUUGUCUGUGACAUGCCAUCCACCCGUACCACUACCAGCGAAGACGAAGACCACGUGGAGCUGGACUUCAUCCAUCUUCCCCAGGAGUGCCAAGGCCGUGACUUCUCCCGCAGUUACCCCAAGGACCGUCGGACCAUGGGCCCUGUCGGGGACUCCAUAAAGCUCAUCUCCAUCGUCACCAUCAGUGGCGACAACCCCCGUGACAACACGCCCCCUGCCGAUGUCGUGUUGCGGAGCUGGACCCUGUCGCCAGAUCUCCGCUCAUGGACGAGAGACCAAGACAUGGAGCUGCCCUUGCCCCUGCUCUGGCAGUCGGAGGUCUACAAGCGCGAGAGGCUGCCGCAGGCCAUGCCGCAGUGCCCAGUCCUCAAGGCCGACGAGGAUGGUGUCCUUUACCUCUUGCUGGGAGAUUACUACCUUGAUUGGGAGAGAAGGGCUCGGCUAUGCAGGGAGAUUGAGUGUGUGAUCAGCAUCGACAUGCGCACAAAGUCUCUCCUGUCCUGCAGCCAUCGUCCGAUCAAAGAUGGCUUGCCGGCGCCAGCGCCAUGGGAAGAAGUCCAGCCUUCCAAAGAUUUCCAUCCUGACAUACCUUCCCUGGUUGCUGCCAAGUUCUGCGCGAACCACACUGGAUGGUCUCAUUGUCUUCUCCACAAGGAAAAGAAGAAUCGUCUGAUAUAGAUGGAAAAAAAGAAGAGCAGCUCAACUCGUGGCGCUUUCAACAGUGUAGCUCUUGCUUCGAUUGUUGUGGUUAAUUACCUUCAGCUCCAGGCAUCUAUAUCUUGUCUUUAACGUGUCCCUGCAUUUAUCUAUUUUAUAAGUAGUUAAUUCGCUGAUAGCCUUCUGUGCUUUUUAUAUCUAUUAGAGUUGGGGUGUGAUGGUUUAAAUAUGGCACAGUUGGAAGCAUGGUUGAACUUGUAAUGGUCGUAGGCUGUGGUCUGUUGCUACCUUCACUAUAUAUGUCUGUAAUGGCUCGUUUUCUUAAUGAGAUGAAGAACUGAAUCCUCUUGUUAUGUUUAUCA